CAAGAUGGCUGUUUUGUCGGCUUUAUGGCGAGCUCUACGACUGACCGCGUUCCUCACUUGGGCUCGUCAGUUUCCGCUCGCCAGCUGCCUGCUCGCCGCCUUGUUGGCCGCCACAAUCCUGUUCCACAGGUACCUCCACAUCCUAAUUGGAUUGUGGUCUUUCUUAGUGGGUGUGGUUACCUUCUAUUGGGCUCUGGAACCCGAGUCACGGCUCCCAAAUGUCUUGUUCGCGAGCAAAGCGCCACGCAAGUGUCAGGAACCGGAGCUGUUUCCUUUGGGUCGCAGCUGUGCCGUGUGCGGGAAGGUGAAAUGCAAGCGGCAUCGCCCGACGUUGCUACUGGAGAACUACCAGCCGUGGGUGGGCCUCGAGAUUCACUCCAAGGUGGACACGGCCAUCACAGAGGUGUUUGAGCUGGUUCUGGAGAACUUUGUGUAUCCUUGGUACCGGGACAUCACGGAUGACGAGGCGUGCGUGGACGAGCUUCGUUUGAGCUUCCGCUUCCUAGCGUCCGUGUUGGUCCGCAGAGCUCGGAAGGUAGACCUCCCGGCUGUCUUCGGCGACCACGUGAUGAAAGCUGCCGUCAAGCACGUGGAGGUUCUGGCUAAAGCCCGCGCCCGAGUUCAUCAAGGUCUGACGCUGCAGCAGGCAGCUCUGGAGGAGUACGGCGCUGACCUCCACGUGGCCGUGCGCAGCCGCCAGGAUGAGCUGCUCUACCUCAGGAAGCUCAGCGAGAUGCUCUUCCCCUACUUGAUGCCGCCAAAAGCCGUCGAGUGCAGGUCGCUGGCACUACUGUUGCGGGAGGUCUUGUCAGGGUCCGUCCUGCUGCCCACCAUGGAUUUCACGGCCGACCCGGACACGGUCAACUUAAUGGUGCUCAAGUUGGUUGACGACUCACCGCCUGAAGCCGCCAGCGAAGCGCCGUCCGCUCGUGUUCCUUUCCUGCGCAAAUACACCGACCGCGGCGGCAACAAGCUCUCGGUUCUCAAGUUGGAGCUCAAGCAGAUCCGAGAGCAGCAGGAUCUUCUCUUCCGCUUCAUGAACUUCCUAAAGCGGGAGGGCGCCGUGCACGUCCUUCAGUUCUGCCUGGCCGUGGAGGAGCUCAACGCCAAGGUCUUGAAUCCGGAGCUGUGCGACUCGGAGCUGCGGCGUCUGCACGGCGAGGUUGUGCACAUCUACCAGACGUACUGCGUGGACGAGAGCGUAGACAAGAUCAACUUGGACCGAGCCACGGUGGACGACAUCAGGAACGUGGCCGUCGGUCCGUACGGCGCCGUGGUCAAGCUGCAGACCACGCGGUGCCUCUUUGAAGCAUACGAGCACGUUUUGUCGCUCCUGGAGAACGUCUUCACGCCAAUGUUCUGCCACAGCGACGAGUAUUUCAGACACCUGCUGAAAGGAGCCGAGUCGCCAGCCAGGAGCUCGCGUGUCAGCAGGAACGCCUCCAAGCGCGGCGAGUCCUUUGGGAUCGCCCGGAUCGGCAGCAAAAUCAAAGGCGUGUUCAGAAGCACCGCCACGGAGGGCGGCGUCUUGCCGCCCAGCGCCACCGCCGAGGCUGACGUCAAUGCGGUGGAGGAGGCCACGGCGGUGGUGGAGGAGGAGGAGGAGGACGACGACGCAGCCGUCCCCGCCACCGCGGGCGGUCUGAGGAAGCUGUCGGCCUGGACCGUCACCAUUCCCUACGUGGACUUUGACGAGGAUGAAGCCAAGAGAGAGAAGAUUCCCGUCUUCUGUAUCGACGUGGAGCGCAACGACAGAAAGGAAGUCGGACACGAUCCCGAGAGUUGGUCCAUCUACAGAAGAUACUUGGAGUUUUACGUGCUGGAGUCCAAGCUGACAGAGUUCCACGGCACCUUUGCUGACGCGCAGCUGCCCCCCAAACGCAUCCUGGGACCCAAGAAUCACGAAUUCCUCACCUCCAAGAGGGAAGACUUUGAGGACUACCUCCAGAAACUGCUGCACUGCCCGGAGCUCAGCAACAGCCAGCUGCUGGCCGACUUCCUGUCUCCUCACGGCACGGGCUCUCAGUUUACGGACAGGAUACUUCCCGACGUCAACUUGGGCAAGAUUUUCAAGUCCGUCCCGGGGAAGUUGAUGAAGGAGAAAGGUCAGAACCUGGAGCCGUUCAUCCAGUCCUUCUUCAACUCCUGCGAGUCUCCAAAAGCCAAACCCGGCCGGCCUGAACUGAUCGUCCUCAGCCCGAGCGCUGACGCCAACAAGCGGCUCAACAACCAGAUCUUCAGCAAGGAGCCUGCCACAGCCCGGGUGGGGAAGGCGGGCCAGCGCAAGCGCCGUCGUUUGGCGGAGCUCGGCGUGGACGGCGUGUACGACUACCUACUGCACGUGGGUCGAUUGGUGUUCCGGAUGCCGCGCUGGCUGGAUCAUUUGCUGUCGGCGAGCAGGAUGGUCUUCAAGAACACCUUGGAGGCCUACGCGGAGCAGCGGAUGCGUAGCAAGAUGGACGCCAUCCUGCAAGAGCACCGCCUGGUCUUGCUCAUCACCCAAGUACGAGACGCCAUCUUCUCCGAAAGCGCGGAGAAGCGCGACGGCCCGGCCAAGGCGGCGCGAGCCAGGAGGACCUUUGAGGAGAUGACGGCCUAUCUGCCCGACGCCCUCGGGAGGUGCCUCGGCGAGGAGGCCAAACGUGAUGGGGUCCGGCUCCUCUUUGAGGGCCUCCAGCAGCCGCUCCUCAACAAGCAGAUGUCCUAUGUGCUGCUGGACGUGGCUGUGCUGGAGCUCUUCCCUGAACUGCGCCGCUGAGUAAGCAAGGAGGGGCGCCAGGCCAGCUCAAUGGAAGGAAGGAAGGAAGGAAGGAAGGAAGGAAGGAAGGAAGGAAGGAAGGAAGGAAGGAAGGAAGGAAGGAAGGAAGGAAGGAAGGAAGGAAGGAAGGAAGGAAGGAAGGAAGGAAGGAAGGGAGGGCGCCAGGCCAGCUCGACGGACGCACGGACGGACGGACGGACACUUCCUCCAAAUUGAUGUGAUGAACGAGUUGGCAAAUGCUUUUUAUUUCUCUGCUAUACUUGGAGUUUGCCAGAUUUUGACUAGACAGAAUAUUAAUCCUAAAUCCAAA